UGGUUUCUGUGCCUGACCAGAUGAAUCCGCCAGAUGUAUGUAUUUAAAUAGCGGUAGAGCUGAGGACGAAGCUUGCCUUGACAAGCUGGAUGGUCUCGGAGGAGAGGACCGCGACCAGGCGGUUGGGGUCCAAGUAUGGUUGGUCAUCAACGUCCGCUCUCGUUGUUGCGUCAUCAAACUUGGUAGAUGCUCUCGGGAUACCUCCCGUGACACUCAUUUUGUUUUGUGUUAAUGUCCCGGCCUUGUCGGCACAGACAGUCGUCGCGCGGCCUAUAGUCUCGCAGGAACAUAACAGGCGGACAAGGUUGUUGUCCUUAAGCAUCCUCGUCAUCACAAAGGCGAGCGCCGAUGUGAUGGUCAGUGACAGGCCUUCUGGGAUAUCAAUGACGACGAUAGUUACUGAGAGUAUGAACAGUUCGAGGAAUUCCUGUCCCUUAGCUGCGGGGUCACCUUCGAUGUCCUUAAGGCGAGCUAGGUAUCGGGCGAACAUGAUAGCGAAGGAGGUGACACCAGCGGUCCGUCUGGAGACUUGCCGCCAGGCCGUCAAGGCCCCCGAAGGCAAGGAGGAGGUCGGUCCUUGCUGCAUCGGCCUCGCAAGGCCUGCCUAUGAACUUAACAAUUUCCGGUAUUAUGGGCGAUGGUACCUCGUGUUAGAACGUGCUGGGAGCGACAGCAGACGCUAUUUUUCUCAAAGGAGAGAGGCGGAGCUGUCACAAGUGUUGGCCUGUGGUUAUGAUAGCGGCCUCUAGUGGUGACGCCGUUGAUAUCUUCAUCGUGGCCAUGGUUGCAGUGAAGGCCGCUCCUUGCAUGCUUGUCAGGUUCUUCAAGGGUGUGGCAGCAGCUUCACAUCAAUCACCAAGGAGGAUUGUGUAUGCAGGCACUUUUUUCCGUGAAGGGGAACGGAAUAUUGCACCAUUCGAUUUUCGACAGGGUAUCGAGGCUUCUACUCAGUCAUGCUUGGGCCUUAUCUGCCUUUGGUGGGAUUGCUCUUAGGGAUACGACGGUGUUCUGCCUUCCCUCCUGCCUCUCGACGACAGCUCGAUACGCACCGUUGC